AGAGAGAGAGAGAGAGAGAGAGAGGAGAAAUGGCGGAGAAGCAGAAUGAGAGCGUCACAGUCCACUUCAUGGAGUUGGAUGUGUCCUUCCUCAAGUCCAAACGAGGUUUACUGAAAAUUGCAGAACUGGUGGUGCUGUUUGUGGCGUUUGUGUGUUUCACAGUGGCGUCGCAGCCGCCCUACAUCUCAGCCGCGUGUAUGGAGUUCAUCAUCACGCUCGCUCUGCUGCUCCUCUACCUGCUGAAACUCCACAAAUCCCUCAGCAUCUUCUUCUGGCCUCUGAUCGACGUCUUUAACUCCUUCUUCGCUGCGCUCUUCUUCUGCAUUAUCAGCCUGGUGGCCGUGUCCACUUUCACUACCAAGGGCAUUUUAGUGGGAGGAGUCGUGGGGUUUGUAGCUGUAGUGUUGUGGUGUGCUGAUGGUUAUUACAUCUUCAGUAAAAUCACCUUCAACCAGACGAUGAACUGAAAACCACAUGAACAGCGUUACAGAGAAAUGCUGUCCUUCUGUUUCACACACACACACACACACACACACACACACACACACACACACACACACACACACACACACACAGUGAGUGUAUCAACUACCCACCCUCGAUUAAUGUAGAGCAGCCUUUCUCAACCGGGGUGCCGUCAAAAAAUUAUAUAUUCUAACAUUGAAAUAAAUAAAAUGAAUUAAAAUUCCAGAAAACGAUAGUUACACUAAUGCAGAUCAUCGCCGCCUCAUGCGUCACCAAAAUUUGUGUCCCGCCCCCUUUCCCAUGUCAUAAGGUCAGUGGCGGGGUCAGCGCGCGCUCAGCGUGUGUUUAUUCGGGGCUGCUGGAGAUUCGCACCCGGGACUCCUGCAGGUGCGGGGACUGAGAAAAGGUUGAGAAACGCUGAAAUAUACUGUUUGUGUGUUAUGGAGUGUUUUAAAAAAAUGUUAGUCCUAUUUGUCUUGUGGGAAAUGUCCUGCCCUCUGUAAUAUAAUAUAAUAUAAUAUAAUAUAAUAUAAUAUAAUAUAAUAUAAUAUAAUAUAAUAUAAUAUAAUAUAAUAUAAAUGUUUGAGCAUUAACAGUGUUGUUGUGGUUCACUGAGCUGACUGCUGAAUAAACUCUCAAUAAAAGAUUUCUGAUGAAUUUAAAGAU